UGAAACGAAACCAUGGCUCAGAAUCACGUUUUCUUGGGUCAGCAGUUCAAAAACGUAUGAAAGAAACCGGAGGUUUUAUUGAAGGAGACAGAAACUUUACCGGCAGUGAGUUGCUCUCUCUCUUUCUGUCCCUCUGAUAAACCCUAGUGAGCUGUAAGAGUCAGUAAAAGCAUAAAAGAAUGGCGGAAGCAGAAGGAGGAUCAGAUAAGGCGGGCGCAUCGGUAGGAGGUGGAGUUGAGUCGCUGAAAGAUAAAGGAAAUGAGCAUUUCAAAGCAGGGAACUAUCUGAAAGCCGCUGCACUCUACACUCAGGCCAUCAAGCAAGACCCUAACAACCCCACUCUUUAUAGCAACCGUGCUGCGGCAUUUUUGCAAUUGGUUAAGCUUAGCAAAGCCCUUGCUGAUGCAGAGACCACAAUUAAAUUAAACCCCCAGUGGGAAAAGGGAUAUUUCAGGAAAGGAUGCAUAUUAGAGGCCAUGGAACAAUAUGAUGAUGCUUUAGAUGCUUUCCAAACAGCUUUGCAAUAUAACUCACAAAGCACAGAAGUAUCAAGAAAGAUAAAAAGGAUUUCUCAGUUGGCGAGAGAUAAAAAACGUGCUCAGGAGGUGGAGAAAAUGAGAUCCAAUGUUGAUAUGGCAAGACAAUUGGAUAAACUGAAAUCUGAAAUGUCUGGGAAGCGUGGAUCUGAAGAAUGUUGGGAAGACAUGUUUUCUUUCCUUGUUGAGACAAUGGAGACAGCUAUAAAAUCAUGGCACGAAACUUCUAAAGUGGAGGCUAGAGUUUACUUUCUCCUAGAUAAGGAAAAAACAGACACCGAGAAAUAUGCUCCAGCUGUGAAUAUUGAUAAGGCCUUUGAAUCACCCCAUACGCAUGGCAGUUGUUUUUCAUUUCUUAGGCAGUAUGCUGAGGACUCUUUCUCCAGAGCAGCUUGUUUGGUGACUCCCAAAAGUAUCAUGUCUUAUCCACAGGUUUGGAAAGGUCAGGGAUCAAGGAAAUGGAAACAUGGGCAACAUGAUGGUUUCUUUGUUCAGUUUGAGACCCCUUUCCAGCGAAAGCUGUGGUUUAUUCCUAGUUCUAGUGAACUAGGCCAGACAUUGUGCAGGGAACCAGAGGAUUUAGACAUCGGUGCCCACGAAUUGAUUCCGCGCCUAUUCAAACAGUACAAUUCAUAGAUGCCUGUAUUUGCAUUUUGGAGGAAAAUCUCAGGCCCAUUUAGCGAGAGAUACAGCCUUGGUGACAGUCAUUUGCCUCAUUUUGCAAGGUUUUCUUUCGCCCUGGUAAUUUGCCGGAUGGUGCUUUCCAUAAUCAUAACAUGCAUUUACUCGAGGUUCUGUUUCCUUCUAAAAAAAUUCAAGCCUUUUUGUUUUGAGUGGUUGAAUUUUACCGAGAGAUUCCUUAGUGUGAGGUUGUUUAUCCUGUUUUUCCAGUGUAAUGAGUAGUUUGGCCCUUGAAUUAAGUU